AAUACAUCCAGGGCAAGCUGAUCGAGAUGGAAUACACCAUGAAGGAAGAUCGAGAGGCUAUCGAACAGAAGCUGUCGGAGCAGAAAACUCUUUCCAAUGGUUUAUUGUGGGCCAUCGACCAAAAGCUGUCUGGAGCCAUCAGUCAGCUGACCCAAACGAUCGGCCACAAUCUGACCACACUGCAGACACAGUCGAAUGAAAUGCUCUCCCAGCAGAUGGCCUGCGCCAACCACGAACAGAUGCGAAGGGAGAUCCAAACGCUAGCUCCAAAGAAGGAUCGAGAUCAAUUCAGCGCCAGUUCACCGUUCACCAAGAUGCAAACCUCUUACCGUGCGUGCAAGGAAGAGCCAUCGAAAGUAUCGGGAAAGUAUCUAAUUCACCCUACUGCGAACGACGUACCAUUCGUAGGAUAUUGCGAACAGACUCGUUUCGGAGGUGGAUGGCUUGUGUUUCAGCAUCGGUUUAACGGAUCGGUGGACUUUUACCGCAACUGGAUUGAGUACCGGCACGGGUUCGGAAGCGUCGAUGGAGAGUUUUGGCUUGGGCUGGAGCAUUUACAUCGCGUGACGUCGACAAGAUCGCACGAGCUGUUGAUAGAGUUGGAAGAUUUCGAAGGAAACUACAUUUACGCCCGGUACAGUGAGUUCAAGAUUGGCAGUGAGGCGGAACAGUAUCGCCUAAAGAAGCUGGGAACUUACACGGGAACGGCAAAUGAUGGAUUGACUUACCACAAGGGUAUGGAAUUUACAACGAAAGAUCGGGACAAUGAUGGCCAUAUAAGUAAAAACUGUGCCGAGGAUUGCCGAGGAGCGUGGUGGUAUAAUGCGUGCUUCAACGUAAAUCUCAAUGCACUUUACAAUAAUACUGAGGACGCAAAAGCCAUAGUUUGGUACAUGUACAAAUCAUCUUACACAGGGUUGGCAUACACAAGAAUGAUGAUCCGGGAGGUUUAGUUGGGUCUGGUUUGCUUGAUAAUAAAAAACCUUUUUGAUUUGAGA